AGCCACGCCUUUUCCAAUCCCUUGGAUAACGAAGAAAAACUGACUUUGGAAGAACACAGAGAUCAAACCAGUGGCUCCCUGUGGCGAUAAAGGGUGACUUGAUUAUCGAUCAGUUCGUGUCUUAUUCGUAGCCGGGUGUUCCCAGAAGGUCGGCUUUGUUCGCGAACCGAGAAGUGCGAGAUAAGCUCUUGAAGCAACGCAGCAGUGUUGCGUGAGGUGUGUAACUAAACCUCCAGUAAGAUUCGAGUGUACAAGAAAAUAAAUACCUUUAGUGUAUCGCAACUGGGGACACGACAGUUGAGCUGCACCGGAAAACCGUAUUCACGCUGCAAGCCUCACAGAAUAAUGUCACUUAUACAUGCAGUUUCAACUAUGAUCCAGUGGCAGCAAAAGGAAAUUUGGUUGCUGACGAUAAUGAAUCGUAUUCUGAUGACAAGACCUUAAAAUAAUCCUGGGUUAUUUCAGCCUCUAAAUUACAAGAGACGUUCACGAGACGCUGGAGAAAUAUGACGAGAAAGUGCUGGAAGCAUGACGAGUGAAAAAUUCGAUAAUCCCUCGAUGUUAUCGUCAAAGUAGUGUAUAUUAACGUCGUGUUUCCAGACGGUCACUAUUAUAUUUAUCGUUUUAUUUAUAAAUGAUGUCUACUGACUCUGUUCUCAACACAACAAUGAUCACCGCUACCUAUGUACCUGAAGUUUCACAGCACGAAAUAACUAGGUUAAGUUUGCCUUUUCCUAAACCUACAGUCUCCCUCGAUGCUCGACCUGUAGUGAUUCCUAUUGUCUCCUGUGUUAUCAGCUUUCCACUGCUUGCCUUUGCAAUCAUCUGUGCUCUAAGACACAGGGCACAGCGACACCGCCGGCGUGAGCACAUGAGACGUUUAAAAGCAGGAAUGCGGGCGGUAACUCUGGAGAUCCCGGGAUUUUGUGAGAGACCAUCCUUCUUUUCUCGAGACUCUUCAUCUGAUAUCAGUCCGAAAACAGGAGAAAAACUGGAGAUCGAGGCUGAGCCAGCUUCUGGUAGGACCUAUUCCAGACGAGCUUCUAAGAGUACUCAUCACCAAGUGAAGUUUUUGACCACUUCCGCUGUUCUUCACGCGCCUCGUCGACCAAGUCAGAACGGACGUCUCAGACAAGGAUCUAAACCCGAGGUCACAUUCCGAGAAGAACCCUCGUUCAUUGAGAAUACUGCUGAAUUUGUUGAAGAACUGGGAGAAACUGCCUACAGGUAGCGCUGUAUAUUGGAAGAAAGUGUGCUACAGACCUUUCAAGUCAAGGAUCCCACUCCCACCAAAAAACAACAAAUAGGAUUUACAUCACAAAUGACGUUGGUCUUUAUUACUUGAACAAUUGUGACUGCAAAGGAUAAAAAUUCGCUGAGUAUUAAGUGCCUCAAGAAUUGUUAUCGUACCCUUUGUUGUGAAAUUUAUUUAAAUUGUUAACGUACCCUUUGUUGUGAAACUUAUUUAAAUUGUUAUCGUACCCUUUGUUGUGAAAUUAUGUUUAAAUUGUUAUCGUACCCUUUGUUGUGAAAUUUGUUUAAAUUGUUAUCGUACCCUUUGUUGUGAAACUUGUUUAAAUUGUUAUCGUACCCUUUGUUGUGAAACUUGUUUAAAUUGUUAUCGUACCCUUUGUUGUGAAACUUGUUUAAAUUGUUAUCGUACCCUUUGUUGUGAAAUUUGUUUAAAUUGUUAUCGUACCCUUUGUUGUGAAAUUUACUUAAUAUGCUCGUAAGCAAGAUGGAUCUCACUAUUUAUCUAUCUAUAUAGACGCUGUAAAAUUUCAUACAGAAAUCCUUCUUUCAAUAAACAGU